UGCAGACUGGUCUACUCCUGCCUUAAUGAACAGUACAUUAUAAGGAUAACAAACCGUAGGAAGUCAGCAGCAGGACUGUCUUGCCCAAUCCCAGCUGUAACUGGAUCCCCUACCUGGGUGAUGGCAUCCAUUUGAUCUUCCCAUGUGAACUAUUUCUAAAAGAAGACCUGAUGCUGCUUUAGUUAUCCUCUUUUGAAGCAUAUUCAGAGUAAUGGAAGGAGACAGUGACAUUGUACAUUGUGGAUCAUCAUUUGUGAAAAUUGAAAGGCCUCAACUUGUGGAGAAAAGCAACACCACAUCAGAAGUGUGGAGAUAUUUCGGCUUCCAACCUGGCAGUGAUGGUAGACCAGAAAACAUUGAAACUCCUGUCUGUAAAAUCUGUUUCCGUGUCAUUCCAGCAAAAGCUUCAAACACAAGUAAUCUUUAUGCACAUCUGAAAUCGCAGCACCCUCAUAUUUAUAUAGAAGUGAAAGGAAAACCCAACCAGGCACCACCAACCACUACAGCUUCUGGGGAGCCAGGCAGGGAACAGACCGCCACCAUGCGGGAGAUCUUUCAGCGAAAGGAUAAAUUUGAUCCAAAGCCCAGAGAACACAGGGAGCUGACUAAGGCUGUGACUUACUACGUCACCAAGGAUAGAAUGCCCCUGAGUACCCUUUCCAAGCCUGGCUUUCAGCACCUCUUGAGCAAGUUCAACCCAAGGUAUGAGCUGCCAAGCAAGAACUACUUUUCCAGAGUAGCUAUUCCAUCACUUUAUGCAGAUGUUCGCAAAGUUGUUGAGAAAGAGUUAAAGAGUGGAGAUUGUUUUGCUGCAACUGUUGAAACAUGGACAAGUAGGAACAAUGAAAUGUACCUGACAUGUGGGGUUCAAUAUGUCGACAGUGAUUGGAUCCUCAAAAGCCAUUGUCUGCAGACUCAGUAUCUACCAGAUGAACACACCGGUCAGAGUCUAAAGUGUGCCCUUGAAGAUGUGCUGGAAGAGUGGGGUCUAGACCCAACCAACCUUGUAGCCAUCACUACUGACAAUGGACCUGCUAUUAAACAUGCCUGUGAGUUGCUAGGCUGGAAGAGAAUAACUUGCUUCAGUCGGAACUUGCAAUGUUCUCUCCAAAAAGGUCUCGAGGAUUCCCGCAUUGAACGAAUCAUACAGUUGUCCCGUCAAAUAUUUUCUCAGUUUUCACGCAGCUGGAGGAGAAAGCGGGAUUUUUCUAUAGCGCAAAGUCAGAAAGGGCUUCCAAGGAAUUCACUGAAAGCAGAUGUCAACAACCAUUGGGGGACUACUUUGAAUAUGUUGGAAAGAUUUCUUGAGCAGCAGGAUGCUGUCAGAGCUGUGUUAGCUCAUGAUCAUAAAAUAUGUCGCCUUGUUCCAACGUGGCAGGACAUUGAUGUUCUUGAGUCAGUUAUAAGUGUUUUACGUCCUUUUCGUGAAAUGACUGAAGCCCUGUCUUCGGAAAAAUUCAUUUCUAUUUCAGCAAUAAAUCCUCUUAUAAAGCAUAUUUGCAAUGAUCUUGUAAGAGAGGAACAAGAGGAGUUGACUCUAAGUUUUCUCAUGAGAAUGCGAAUCAAACGAGACCUUGAAAUGCGAUAUGGAGACCCAGACUUGGUUCAUUUUCUGGAGAAAGUUACAUUCAUUGAUCCCCGCUUUGGUCCCACGUGUGUAGACAAUCUAGAAAAUGUCCUGCAGCAAAUUAAAGGAGAGAUUCUUGCUGGAAAAAUAGCUGAAGAAUCAUCAUUGUUUCAAAUUAGCUUUGAUGGCUCAACUGUUUCUCCAUUGAGCUCUUGCAGCUGGUAUGAUCGAGAUAGCCCAGGGCCAAGUCAACCAAAGAAGGCCAAAUAUGGUGGGGGACUUGCCAAGGUAUUUGGAAAACAGAGUGGAGAUGGAGGUGCAGACAAAGUGGUGACGACGUCUGUGUCACUACAAGAACAGCUUGACCGAGAACUGGAUUUUUAUUUCAAGGAGCCUAAACUCUCUCUAGAGAGCUGUCCUCUUCAAUGGUGGAAAGCCACUCAGAAUUGUCUGCCUUUACUGGCAAAGUUAGCCAAAAAGUAUCUCUGUAUUUCGGCAAUGAAUGUGGCAUCAGAGAGAGCAUUCAGCAAUAGUAGUUAUGCACUAACUGAGUACCGAAGCAGCGUGAAGCCAAAACAUAUGGACCAGCUGGUGUUCUUAGCUGAAAAUCUCCCAUGAUGGUAACAUUUUUGAGAAGAUCUGUUUUUAAAAAUACAAAGGUGAAUUGUGGCAACAAUAAUUUAAUGUUCUAUGGAAUCUCAAAAUUAAAUAAUUAUAUCUGGAUCACUUUCAGGGUGGGUUUAACGACCUCUCUAAGCUGGUGAGCAUGGGAUUUACCCAGUAAUUACUAGGAGUUAAUCUAUUAUUUCUUAUCAACUUUAAUGGUGUUUGUUGUAUACAUUCACCCAGAAGUACAUUACUGGAGUGUUGUCAUCACUUAGUCUUGGUCUUUUAUCUUACCCCCAUCCCAAAGCCAGAAUUGAUGUCUCAUGUUUGUGUUAUACUUUAUUCAGAAUGCUGGCUAAAAACUGACAAAGCUUUUAUCCAGCUGAGAUAUGAGCAACAAGCACUUGAGGUAGAGGCUUUCCAACCUUCUGGAUUGGACUUGCAAAUUGUCGAGCUUGAGCAAUCCUAUUGGCUAAUAUAUCAGUUGCAUGUUUGACUUACAAAGAAAUUGGCCUCUAUUAUGAUCUGCUUUGUAUGUUGUUUUGGUCAAUGUCACAUGAUCUUCUCUGAUGCAUGCUCAACUAAUCUGUGAAGCACUGCUAAAGAACUUUCCCACCUUGUUGGGAAGUGCACACUGACACCCCACCAGCGCUAAAGUAUCAACAGUGUAAUAAAGGAGAUUAGAUAUUAAUUUCAUAUCCCUAUAUACCAAGUAGUCUCAUGUUUUGAAUAUUGUAAAAACAUGUUUGAUAAUGUAAUUUAUCAGCUACAUAGAGUUCCUGUAGGUGGAACUGAAUACUUCAAUAUAUUUGGCUGUCCCACAAUAUUUUGUGCAGGCAUUAAAAACCUUAUGUAUAAUGUACAUUUCUUGUCCACUAAUGUUACUGUCUGUAAUGCAUCGGUUCUGCUGUAACGCAUGUUUCUUCAAUGAAAAUCGGCUUGAACGCGAUUGAAGAUUUUAGACAGUUAUUUGUAGAAUGCAAACUUUCUUUACCUGUAUUGGCUACAAUGCGAUUCCAGCCCCAUUAGUUUAAAAAGCAUGGUUAUUGUGUGAUUUUCUUCUAACACAAGAUUGCACGAGAGCAGAAUUAUCGCAUUAUAUCAGAACCGACUGUAUUUUUUUAUAUGGACGUUUGAAAGUUUCUGUUGGAAUACUUCAAAGUAAACAUUCAUGCAAACUUCUUUGUCAACAUAUCUUAAUGGAGGAAGUAAAUUAACAUUUCAGCACCAUUAUUUGUUGAU